UUAUCGGGGUACACCGACGAGCAUGUUCACCCACGCUGCAGCCUUGCUAUCCGGCAGCGCAUGCUUGCAGAUGCGCAGCGAGUCUGGAAGGGCGCUGCGGCCUUCGAGCUCGUGCAGACGCUCUCCUUCAAACACCUCUCUUACUGGCCCGUGCGCCACGGCAUCCUGCUACGCAUAGCCGACGUUGAACGAGACUCUGAUUACUACGACACUAACCGGGAGGAUACAGUUCUGGAUGUUAGCAUCAUCACGUCUACGCCGGGCCCGCCAACACUCUCCUGGCGUGUCACUCUGCCCGUGACUGAGAGCGCCAUCUUAUGUGUCGACCCUACUCAGGACCUCGCCGUGAUACGCGCGCCGCGCUCCGAGACGAACUCUCGCGAUGCGCCACUGUACUUCAGCUGUGUGCCGUUGUCGCUCCGUACAGGUCUUACACACCUGCAAGCUAAGCAAAGGAUGAUCCGAUUCAGAUUGUCAGAGAGGGUUCAGACGAGGCCGCAUUACACCAGAGUGCAAGUUUACGGACCCACACUUGCCGUCAGUAUUGCAAGCGGGAUCCACCACUUCACAGAGAUUGUUGUUUUUGAUUGGACGUCAAGCGAGCAGUUAGCUAGCUUCAGUUCGUCCACUUCCGAUCCAUACAUCUGGGGCGACCCCGCGGUGCUCAUCUCCCCCACCUGCUUCCUCCUUGCGAACUAUUCUCGAACCGAUCAGACACCCACGAUCGGAGUACACGCCAUCGAUACCAACCUCCCCCUUCGCGAUGUGGACGGCGACAACACACGCCCCACGGCGCACAUCGCAUCGUAUCGCCUGCCGCAUACGCGUGCUGGUGAGGUGCGCAUGCUAAUGACGCCAUCGAGCCCACAUCAAGUAUGGUCCGUCGACGAAAGCAUGGGGUAUCUGCUAACGAGCCCCGAGAGUAUAAUGCUCCGUGUAUACAUCCAUAGCACGUUGUCUCAGCUGCGCGACGCCGGUUUCUUCGUACCCCUCCGCUUCUUUCUGCACGAACUGUCCUUGUACUUUUCGUUGCCGAUCGCGGAGCGAAGCACGUACGAAACCAGAGUCGUGGAAAGUAAACAAUGGAUGCAGCACACACGUUGGAUUAAUGGCGAGGUGGGGUCGUGGACGAGCGAGGUGCGGCGGAGCCAGAAGGGUGUCGGU